CAGCGGCAGCAUGCCCGGCAAUCACUGCCGCGGCGGCGGCACCGCGCCGCCCUCCGGCCGGGAGGCGCCCGCUAGCAGCGCCCGCCCCGGCGGCGGAGCCGUGGCCGCAUCCCCUCCCCGCGCUCCUCCCCGCCGCGUGGCUCUCCCCUUCGGCGGCAGUUUUGGCUGCGUCCUUCUCUCUCUACUCUCCUCCCUCAUUCUCUGUCUCUGUGGCGAGGCUAUGGCCGCUUCCGAUACCGAGGAGCACCUGCAAAAUGCUGGCUGUCGAACUUUGUCCUUGUCUGCACAUGUUGGGUUUGAUAGCUUACCUGACCAACUGAUUAGGAAAUCCAUCAAGCAUGGCUUCUGCUUCAACAUUCUUUGCAUUGGGGAAACUGGAAUUGGGAAAUCAGCCUUGGUGAGCAGUUUGUUUAACACUGAUUUUGAGGACUCUCCAUCAACACAUUUUCUGUCAAGUGUGCGACUUAGAGCCCAGACUUUUGAACUCCAGGAAAGUAAUGUUCUUUUGAAGCUGACAGUUGUAAAAACAGUGGGGUUUGGUGACCAGAUGAACAAAGCAGAUAGCUAUCAGCCAAUAGUGGACUAUGUAGAUGCACAAUUUGAAGCCUAUCUCGAGGAAGAACUGAAAGUUAUACGUUCUUUAUUUAGCUACCAUGAUACCCGCAUCCAUGUCUGCCUCUAUUUCAUUUCACCUACAGGCCGUUCUCUAAAAACCAUAGAUUUGUUAACUAUGAGAAGCCUAGACAGUAAGGUGAACAUUAUACCAGUUAUAGGCAAAGCAGACAGCAUUUCUAAAACUGAGCUGCAAGAGUUCAAGAAGAAAAUAAUGAGUGAAUUAACUAGCAAUGGCAUCCGAAUAUACCAGUGUCCUACUGAUGACGAAACCGUUUCUGAGAUUAAUAGCAUCACAAAUGGUUAUUUGCCAUUUGCCGUGGUAGGAAGUAUGGAGAAGGUGAAAAUUGGAAACAAAAUGGAGAGAGCUCGUCAAUACCCUUGGGGCAUUGUAAAAGUGGAAAAUGAGAACCACUGUGACACAAUAAAGCUCCGCAGGAUGCUUUGCAUAAAUAUGGAAGACUUGAAGGAUAAGACUCGUGCGUAUUAUGAGUCGUACAGGCGCUGCAGGCUGGAGAAGUUGGGUUGCAGAGACAUUGGCCCUGAGAACAAAUCAGUCAGUCUACAGGAAGUCAUUGAGACAAAGAGGCUGGAGUUCUGCCUUGAAGUGGAAAGAAAAGAAGAGGAGAUAUGGCAACGAUUUGUGCAGAGAGUGAAGGAGAAAGCAGCAAUGUUGGAAGAGGCAGAGCAACAGGUACUGACUGAAUUUGAAUAUCUUACGCUAAUGCAUCAAGAAGAGGAGCUGAAAUUAGGGAAAGAGAAAAAACUUCUAGAAGAUGAAAAAACACAGUUUGUUGAGAAGAAAGCUGUCACUGAAUCAAGUCAGUCACAAGUGUCUGUCUCUAGCCCUGUUAGUUUGAAGACACAAGGACUGCAAAAAAUAAGUCAUCAGAGAGCAAUGAGAAAGUUCUUCACAUUCACUUUUAUAACUCAAAUUGCAGUAAUCUUUUAGAAAAGACAGAUGCUCCCAUUCUGUGAUAAGGAGACAGAAGUGUAUAAAAUACUGUCAUGCUUGGAUUUACUUUUAGAGUAAUUGCUGUAUGUUCUAUGAGCAUUGUUUUGUCUUUCUUUUCUUUUUUCCAUGAAAGAAGCAAGAUUUUCUACUUGAAGUCCAAUGCUUUCAUAUCAGAGAUGAAGGAGCUGUGAAUGCUGGAGAGCAGAGCGAGAGGGAGAGUGAGAAGGAGGAGUUAGAGAGAGAAAUUCUCCCAGGGAAUUUCAGGAAUAGCAUUUGAUUGCAGCACUCAGGUUUUGAAUGGUAGGGUAUGUUAGUAGUUUUAUGAAGUCGUCUAACUGCUGUUUGGCCCAUAUUAGAUGUGUCUUCCUAGUACAGAUUUUUGAGAGAAGAAAUUGAAAAAAUUGGCUGUAAAAACACCAAGUGCAGAAUAUGACCCAAUAAAGAUUUCACUUUCUUCCCACCCAUACACUUCUUUCUUUCACCACUCUUAAAAGAAAAACUUGAAUAAAUUGAAAAUUCAGAAAUACUUUCAAAAGUAGUGUCCAGAAUAACACUCCCAACUGAUUUAUAUUAAAAACGUUGAAUUAAAUGCUCAUGUAUUAAAUUAAAUUGACUUAAAUGUUUUUCUCCUCCAAAACUAGAAGUCAAUUAACUUACUAAUUUUCUUUCCUGAUAAUUUACAAAUUUACUGCAGAUAACAUUUUGUUAAUUAAUAACUUCCUGCAGUUGAAAACAGAUUUCUUGGUUCUGAAUUUAUUUAUUACUGCUACAUUCUGAAGAACUUCAGAAGCUAUGUUGGUGCACAUAUUUCCCCAGAAUCAUCAAGCUUUGAUAUUUUUGGGGUGUAUGCUAGAAGCCUAAUUUGCCCAAAAUGUAUUCCAUUUCAACUACUGUUAUCAAAUUCCUUUUCCUGAAUUCCUUUUUUUUUUCUGUAUUUGCAUACAAAAGUGGAAUUCUUGGUAACAGAAGUCAUUAUCUGCACUAAUAUGAGUAACUCCUCUGGUUUAGUUCUAUUUCUUCAGAGUAUGCUGAGUUUAUAUGCUUGCUGUGGUUUUUCAGUUCCAGCUUUAUGUAGUACUGAUGACAGAAGACACAAUAUUGGUAAUUUCUCAUGAGGAGGCAGUGAUUUGUGGUGUGCUCUUGAAGGUAUAGGAGUUCCAGUUUCUUACUGAAAUGUUUGGCUAAUAUCUCUUGUUGCUGCAUUCUGCAAAAGAAUAAUUUUUAAGCAUGAUCUCUACACACACAGCGUGCUGGUUACUGUCAUUGUCAUCACAGGGUUUCUGUUAGAGCUCUGCCUUGAUAUGGGUUUGCCUUACCUAAGUGUGGUCACCUUGCUUUGAUUUUAAAUGCAUUGUGCCAAAGAAUCCCUGCCUGCCAUGAACAGUUCCACUCAGACUAUGAACGGUGUAGUACAAAAGUAUUCUGUGAAUAUAUCCACUGCAAGCUUCCUGAAGAGUUCUUUUCAAAUGGUAUUGUUUAUUAGUCCACUUAGUGUUAUUUAUUUGACAUAUUUGAACCAUUUACUGAUUUUGCUGAUAAGUUUUUGCUUGUAGGCUUUUAUGUACAAGCAGUGUUCUAAAUUUCAGAUACAGUCUUCUAAAUCAAAAUUUACUGAGAUAUUUUUGCAAUGCUGUACUGUUCCAGGAUAGUUCAUCUGAUAUUACUAACUCAGUAUGGAAAGUACCUAUAUUUGAUGUUUUGAGUGUGGUAUUCAGUUACAGUUGAAGAUUUACAAAAACUCCAGGCUGGUUAAAACAAGUUCUAAGUGCUUUGUAUGUUUUCAUUAGUCAUGAUAACUAAUGGUAAACUAUUAAGAGGUAUAGUUCUCUGGAGUUGUGUUAUUUGACUGUUUAAAAAUGAAAUACUAACUUGACAGAAAUAAAAUGGAUUGGUUUUGCCUAAGUGUUA